UCUGUUCAAUCUUCGCAUUUUCUGAUGGGUGCACUAAUAACAUUACCACCUGCUACCCCUGAUGCGUGCACUGAUGCUAUGAUGUGUGUGAUGCAUGAGUAUGUGAUGUAUCUGAACAAAAAAAAAAUCUAGACAAUGAGCUCUUUACUUCAUUGUGUAUUGGACAGUGAACUUGUUUUGAUGUAUAUGAUCUUGAAGGGGAGCCCGUAUCGAUGUAGGGAAAGCUUUUCAUGUGUAUAAUCUUGACAAUGAACACUUUUCAUGUGUGCGAUCUUGAAAGCGAGCUCUUGUUUUGAUGAAUGUGAACAAAAUUUUUAGAGCAGAGCUCUUAUUUAAUUGUGUAUUCUCUUUUGGCUGUGUAUCCUUGUGAAAAAACCGGUCCUAAGUCCACAAAUCCUCCUCCUGUCUUCUCCUCAUUUGCCAUCAAGCUCCCCACGGAUGGGCUGGUGCUCCCCGUCCACUCCCCGGCAGCUGCUAUCCACUGUCGCACUCUUUGCCUUCGGCGCGGGGCUCCUCACCUACGGCGCACACCUCUCCUACGUCCACAUCGAGCCCCAGCGCGAGCGCACGCUCGCCCGCGAUCAGUUCGUCCGCGACUACCUACGCAGGAAGCACGACAAGUAGCCCGCAUCCCCACGACAUCCCCUCCUAUUCCGUUCCACUGCUCGGCAACGAUGCCUUUGCCCCCAAUGAGUUCCAGUGUCGGGCUUGUGAUUGCGGAGAUGGAGAUGAACACCGGCGCCGACCAGGAUGCCACUAUCGUGUGGGCCACUGUUGUGCAGGCCUGCAGCAUGUUCUACGACACCCCUGCAAUGCUCGACAUUGGUGAAAUUGUUCGUGCAAAGUUUGAUUUCGACGCUGUGGGACACUUAUGUUUGCAGACACUGGUGAAAUUGUUCGUGCAAGCGCUGUGGGACACUACACACAGGGCUGAGGUGCUGAGCUUGACCGCGAAUACCGAUCUGAGACACGCUGCGUCUUUUGCUUCUACUGACGGACAAGAUCCAAGGCACAAGAGUGACAAUGUUUCGAGGACCUGAUUGAUGACCAGCAACCUUUCCGUAUCUGUGUGUAACAAAGUCCAUGUUGGCAUUACAUCAAUAGUUGUGCUUUUGUAUUUCUUGUAAGGGCAUCUACAAUACAUACAUACUACAUUCAUUUACCCCAAUGACU